GGUACUUCCGUGGGUCCUUACCUCAGAGAACUGAGGCACAGAGGCAUCAAAAAAACAUCACUAAUGAUUUUAAGAUUGUUCACUGCAGCACAGCAAAGAAGGUAAGUGGAACAUGCUUUACUUUGAAACAGACGGUUUCUUGCUGAAUUUAUUUAAUUUGGUAAAAGGACAAACAAUGUAUACAUAUCAAAUAUUUCCUACAACCAAUACAGUGAUCAUUUGUAUGAGUGCAUUGACAUUUAGCAGGUAGCAAAGCUAGUUUUUUUAUUUAAAAAAAUCAACCAUUUUGCAUAGGAAGGUUAACAGCAAUUAGCAUUCUGUGGUUUACUGGAAGGAGGUAGAGGUACUUUGCAAAUUUAUCACACAAUUAUAUGUGUCAUCAGUUUACAUGAUCAUUUCUACUCAGCAGGCAGAAAUCUCAACAGCUUCAGCUUUUCCCAGCAGGCAGAAGUUGUGAAGAGGGAUGCUCCCUGUUGAAUUUCUGUUUGCUGUAAAUGCAGAUAAAGGCACAGGAGCCAUAUUUUUUUUAAAAAUGUGGCAUCCUCGGAUAAGGACAGGUUGGUAGGAGAUCAUCACUAUGGCAAUAGCAGCCCCUGUGCUAUUGUCCAUUCAGAAGGUUCCAGGUUCCAUCGCUGGCAUCGCCAUUGAAAAAUAAACUUUCUCAAGUAGCAGAACUGGGAGAGAUACCUGCUUAGUGCGGACACCACCAGAGCAAGCAAUUCUGGAUCAGAAGAAGCAAUGGUCUUACUUAGGUCUACAAUAUGUUGUUGUUGUUUCAUCGUUUAGUCGUGUCCAACUCUUCGUGACCCCAUGGACCAGAGCACGCCAGGCACUCCUGUCUUCCACUGCCUCCUGCAGUUUGGUCAAACUCAUGCAUGAUAUGCAUGAUAUCAAAUGCGUCAUUGCAUCUAAAAUGUCUCUGGGUUGUUGUUGUUUUAAUAAAAAUGCAAAUAGCAUCAGCUGGUGGUGCCGACAUUGGGACAGAGGUGAAAUGUAACUCUUUUCUCCCUCGCUGUGGUCUUGAGGAAAAUCACCCCCUUUGGAUGCUGUUCAUUGACAUCACUCAGGGACUUCCCCUCCAAAGCAAAUGCUGGCUCCAGGGGCAGGAUUCUCUUCAUGACCACAGCAGGGGAGGAAAAUGUUAACUUUUCCCACUGUGCGUGCUGCAAUGUUGAUAAUUAUCAGGCUCCCCAUGAUGCUAUUUGACUUUAAAAGUAAACACACACACACACACACACACACACACACACAGUCUCUGCACAUGAAAUCCAUGUCUAGAUUGCAUUGGUGGUGCUAGACAGGGGGCAAGCAGCUCCCACAAGCAAUGAGCUCAUCCCCCACAUGCCCUCCAUUUCUGAAUUCCUACCAGUUCAGGUUCAAUGUGUUACCAUUAGUAUAAAGGUAAAGGUAAAGGGACCACUGACCAUUAGGUCCAGUUGUGACCCACUCUGAGGUUGUGGUGCUCAUCUCGCUUUAUUGACCGAGGGAGCCGGCGUACACUUUCCGGGUCAUGUGGCCAGCAUGACUAAGCUGCUUCUGGCAAACCAGGGCAGCGCACGGAAAUGCCGUUUACCUUCCCGCCGGAGCGGUACCUAUUUAUCUACUUGCACUUUGACAUGCUUUCAAACUGCUAGGUUGGCAGGAGCAGGGACCGAGCAACAGGAGCUCACCCCGUCGCGGGGAUUUGAACCGCCGACCUUCUGAUCGGCAGGUCCUAGGCUCUGUGGUUUAACCCACAGCGCCACCCGUGUCCCUUAUUACCAUUAGUAUACGAAGCCCUUAACUACUUGGGACCAGUUCACCUACAAGAUUGCCUUAUUUGUUAUUUUUUUUUGUCCACCUAGAAAUAUACUUUGCUCCUGCUGUGCCCUCCAGAAUUCCCCCCCCCGAUUUGUUUUUUGAGUUUGAUUUGAUAUCCCGCUUUGUCACUACCCGAAGGAGUCUCAAAGCGGCUCACAAUCUCCUUUUCCCUUCCUCCCCCACAACAAACACUCUGUGAGGUGAGUGGGGCUGAGAGACUUCAGAGAAGUGUGACUGGCCCAAGGUCACCCAGCAGCUGCAUGUGGAGGAGCGGAGACGCGAACCCGGUUCACCAGAUUACGAGUCUACCGCUCUUAACCACAACACCACACUGGCUCUCUAAUAGGUUUUGAGUGGGGGAGUUACCCAGGUUUAGUGGCAGGAAGCUUACCACAUUAAGAUGUGGCCAUCUGAUUCAGUGACUGAUACUACAAAGAAUGCAAACUUUAGAUUUCAUUAAAACUUGGUUCAUCUCGGGUUCCCCUUUCUAAUGGUUCCUUUGAAGCAUCUGCUUAAUUUCCAUUUGGAACAUAUGGACAUAGGGAGCUACAUUAUAUGGAAUCAGAUCCUUGGUCCAUCUAGCUCAGUAUGGUCCACACUGACUAGCCAUGACUAUAAGACUUUGGACCAGGGUCUCUCCCUGCCCUGCAUGAAGAUGCUGGCGAUGGAAAUUUGGGAUGCAGAUGUUCAACCACUGAACUGUGGCCCUUUGGGUAAUGCUUACCAACAAAACCCACUUGACUCCCUUGGCAAUUGCUUGUGAAUCACCCACCCGUCUGUGGAAACUGUAAAAGCCAAAUAUGGUUUGAAAAGAAUUUCUCAAUAGGUACAUUGAUUUAAACCAUGCACAAUAAUUAACUCUUAGCUACUUUCAAAAGAGAACGUUGGUUUCUCCCAGCCCUCCUUUUUUACCAUGUGGAAUAGUGGAUUUUCUCUUGCGUCUGGAGAUUUCCCCUGCAGCUUUCUUUCUUUCUUUCCAGCCACAGAAGGAGAGCAUUUUCUCCACCUAAAUGGGAAUGUCACACUCAUGACCGAAGGAAACCCAUUAUUAUGAGUUUUCUGCCUCCCCUGUGGUUUUGCAAUGCCUAGAACCCUGUGCUAGCUGGAAAUGCCCAGCUAAGAUUGCCCUUUGCUUCAUGCAGAAUCCUCUAGUCAGCCAUAGAAGUUAUGAUUAACCAACUGAUGUGGCUUCUCUGGCCUUGGGUGGCACAUCAAGCCCCAGGCCUGGUGUCAAUAAUUGAGGCCUAGAUGUGUACAUUUAGUGCUCUGCUGCUAGAGAACAAAAAAAAAAGUAAAGCAAAAAGCCUCUGCCAGCUGCAGCAGUGUUUAUUGUUACCCCUGCCAGAUGUUUUCAGCAUAAUUUACACUUUUGGAAGAAUGGGCAGUGAACAUUAAUCAGUCUAAAAAGUGACUAGGUUUGUUUGCCAUUGUGUCACUCUCUCAACACAAGAAAGGAAACCCAGAUCCUGGACUUUGCAAGGAAAAUGUAUUAUUACUCAGGCAGUAAAAUUAUUACUCUGUAUCAUAUUAAGUAGUCUCAAUAGGCUUAUUGAGACCGGCAGGUGAGCAACAAAGAGGAUUUUAUAGGAUUGCAUGCAAAUACCCUGCACUUGCAACAUACAGUUCUCACCCUAAUUCCCGUCAAAUAUUCUAGAGAGAGGAAAUAACAGAUUAGGAGCCCUCACAGUCAGAGCUCAGUUUCAGCCACCCAGGGGGCUCUGUCCUAUAUAUAAACGACAUGGUAGAAGCAAGGACUUAAUGUAAUUGUGAGGGCUACAUUUUGCAUUCAGCAGACUUCUACAUUUCCAAGAAUUCUGUCCCUUUUUGGAGAGGCUGGUAUAUUUUCAGACGGGUAGUGGCUUGUCUCAGAAUAGUACUGCCACCUUUCAGUGAGCCGUGGGAGUCUGUGUUACACGGAAUGAUGUGCCAAACUCUGUUCUUCGUUGUCUCUGAUUCAAAAUAUAAGGUAAAAGGGAAAAAAUAGUAAAGGUAAAUGACCCCUGGAUGGUUAAGUCCAGUUAAAGGCGACUAUGAGAUUGUCGCGCUCAUUUCACAUUUCAGGCCAAGGGAGCCAGCAUUUGUCCACAGACAGCUUUCCGGGUCAUGUGGACUAAACUGCUUCUGACGCAACGGAACACCAUGACAGAAACCAGACUGCACGGAAACGCCAUUUACCUUCCCGCUGCAGUGGUGCCUAUUUAUCUACUUGCACUGGUGUGCUUUCCAACUGCUAAGUUGGCAAAAAAAUCAAUAAUAAACCAUAAAAUAAAAUUUUAUUUUUCGAAAUGAAACGAAGCCUACAGUAAGAUGGAAAAUAAUGUUCAUUUUUGUAUACGUCCACUUUAUUUAUAUUUGAAAAAAUUAUCCUGCUUUUUCUAAUUUCAGAGGUUUUGACCAGAUCCUCAAAACUAAUCUUACAUAACACAUCUGCUUCUAUACUUGCUGCAUAGUUGUUCUGUUGGGAUUUUUUAUAUACUUCAACUGAGGGUGCUAUUUGCAUUCUAUGGCAAUAUUAUAAUGUCAGUUUUGAUUGCUGGUCAAUAUGAAUAAUAUGUUUUCAUUAUUUAGUUAUUCCCCCUAAUGGUUCACUUGUUGGUUCUUCUGGUAUAGCCCCCCUGCCCCAAUUCAAGCUAUAUGAGCCUUCAUUGUAUAUCUCUGCUAUGUAAUUAAAUACUCAGUGUUAGUAGUGAAAUAUAUAAUACACUUUCCAUUUCCUCACAGAAAGCAAUCUCAAGCAUGAAGACUCUGAUUUUGCUGAUAUAUAUCAUUGGUAUAGCCAUUGCUUCCCCGGUAAGUAUACAAAAUAUGAAAAGUCCUAACAGCAGAUAAAUAAAAGAUUUAAGGAAUGUUCCGAGCUUCUGCUUAGCCUACAAGAGCAGGUCUUUCAUGACUGACCAGUGCCUUCCACCUUGCUUCCUUUUGCAGCUUAGCUCUGUUGGAUGCAAUCCAAAAUGCUUCAAUCUUCAAACAUCUUAAGAGUCCUGCUAAUUGCAGUACUUGCGUGCUUGAAAACUAGGUGGCUUGCAUAAGUUCUUUGCAGAAAAUGGACUUAAUUCUUUGGGAAACCCAGGAGUUCCAUGGUAGCGCCUUUCAACAAGAAUGGAAAACCUGUUCAUUCUGACAUGCUAUUGACAUCCAUUUGGUGGAUUUUGCUAUUUCACCGACAAUCACAGAAUCAUAGAGUUGGAAGACCAUGAGGGUUAUCUAGUUUUCUCCCUGCAACGCAGGAAUCUUCUACCUAAUGUGUGGCUCAAACACAUGAACCUGAGAUAAUAAUAAUAAUAAUAAUAAUAAUAAUAAUAAUAAUAAUAAUGUAUUAUUUAUACCCCGCCCAUCUGGGCAGCUUCCAACCGAAUAUUAAAAACAAUACAGUGUCAGACAUUGAAAACUUCCCUAAACAGGGCUGCCUUCAGAUAUCUUGUAAAAGUCAAAUAGUUGUUUAUUGCCUUGACAACUGCUGGGAGGGCGUUCCACAGGGCAGGUGCCACUACUGAGAAGGUCCUCUGCCUGGUUCCCUGUAACCUCACUUCUCACAGCGAGGAAACCACCAGAAGGCCCUCGGAACUGGACCUCAGUGUUCAGGCUGGACGAUGGGGGUGGAGACGCUCCUUCAGAUAUACUGGACUGAGGCCAUUUAGGGCUUUAAAGGUCAGCACCAACACUUUGACUUGUGCUCGGAAACGUACUGGGAGAUUAAGUGUGUCACACUCUACCGUCUGAGUCAUCUCAAUUUCUUCAGUUUUCUUUUUUAGCUGUGUAUCAUAUAUUGCAUUCAAAUUGUUUAAAUCUUAUAGAUUGGUUUCUAGGUAUGUUGUUGUUGUUGACUGCUACUUGGAGUGUGACUGCAGAACAGCAGGAUAUAAACAAUAGUUGACUAAUGGACUUCCUGGCCCUUCUGCAGUAUAUAUUUAAAGCGGUAUCAAACAGUCAUAGUUUCCCUAUGCCUAAGAAUACUGGGAACUGUAGCUUGUUAAAGUUGCUGAGAGUUGCUAUUCCCCUCCCAGAGCUACAUUCCUUGGUGUGGUUUAACAACCAAUUCCUCUUCCCAGGGAACUCUGGGAACUGUAGUUCUGUGAGGGGAAUAGGGGCCCCCUAACAACUCUCAGCACCCUUAACAAACUACAAUUCCCAGGAUUCUUCAGCUAAAGUGGUAUGAUGUUGCUUUAAAAGUACAAUGCAGAUGGGGCCAUAUACUGUCUUUCUGCUCAGCAUCAAUAGCGCUUUACAAAAAGAGACAAGUACGGUAUACAAAAUACAACCAAUAAUGGCAAAUAUAAAGAAGCCUAAAACAGCAGCAACAAGUUUAAUAAAGCCAUUAAAAGCUGGGGGGGGGGGGCACACACCUUUGCCUAGCGCUGGAAAGGUAGGAAAUGUUGGCCCUGGUGAGUUUCAUAAAUGUCCUGGUAAAGGUAAAGGGACCCCUGACCAUUAGGCCCAGUCAUGGCCGACUCUGGGGUUGUGGUGCUCAUCUCGCUUUACUGGCCGAGGGAGCCGGCGUACAGCUUCCGGGUCAUGUGGCCAGCAUGACUAAGCCGCUUCUGGCGAACCAGAGCAGCGCACGGAAACGCCGUUUACCUUCCCGCUGGAGCAGUACCUAUUUGUCUACUUGCACUUUGACGUGCUUCUGAACUUCUAGGUUGGCAGGAGCAGGGACUGAGCAACGGGAGCUCACCCCGUCAUGGGGAUUCGAACCGCCGACCUUCUGAUCGGCAAGUUCUAGGCUCUGUGGUUUAACCCACAGCGCCACCCGUGUCCCUAAAUGUCCUGGUACUUAGGAGCAAUUAGUGAGUCAAUUAGUGUCAAUAUGGCAAGAUUUAAACUGACUAUCUCCUCCUUUUCCUGGAGAUUCCAUAUAUACCUUUGAAUUGACUUAAAACACUGAUGUUUUAUUUUACUUCCAUGUGGCAGAUCCAAAGAAGUGGAAUUCUAUUCAGGAGAGGCUAUGAGGGCAAUAUUAAUUCCAUCAGUGCAGAUAAAGGAGUCUUAGAGACCAGCUCUGCCGUUGCGAAUGGGAACCAGCAGAAUGGAGAUGAGGGUCUCCAGGAAGGAGAAAUAUUUCUGGAUCUCACCAAAGAAUAUGCCAUUGCUGAAGAAGUUUCUACUGUUGAUCCUAUCCGUUCCCAAGGAGGCUAUCUGCACGAAACUGAGAGUCUGCUGCUCCAUGAGGACAACGGCUUUGUGCAGGCCGAAGGCCACAGUCAGCCCAACACAGAAAAAACCAGGGAGAGCUAUGUUGAAUAUCCAACAGAGAAAGAGGUUGGCAGCCAGGAUGUAGCGCUUCUUAAAACGAUUAGCAAUGCGGAACAAAAUGGCUCGCAGCAUUUGAGAGAGAAGAAUGCAGUUCAUGGUCCAGUGUUGACCACAGAGGAGUCCAUCGUUUCGGAAGUAGAUCUGUUUGCUGGCAAACAGAACAUCAAGGAUUUCCAGGCCAGCCAUGAGUUUGAUGUGAGAAAAAAUGUCCCUUAUCAUCUGAACGGCUACCAUUUCAGUGAUGAAGGCAUGCAAGGAGAUGACCCAGGUUAUACUGAUGACUCUGAGUCUAGUCAGCAGGUAGAGAGCCAGAGCAACUUCAGUCAGCAGCCUGGAGAACCAAAUAGUUCAAGUGGUUCAAACGAGGAAGAGGUGAAACAGGACAGCACUUCAGGAAACUCUGGAAGCCCAGAGUACUCCAAUGGGUCCCCUGACUCCAGCACCUCCAGUGAUUCUAGUGACUCCAGUGAUUCUAGCACCUCCAGUGACUCCAGCAGUUCCAGUGAUUCUAGUGAUUCUAGUGACUCCAGUGAUUCUAGCACCUCCAGUGACUCCAGCAGUUCCAGUGAUUCUAGUGACUCUAGUGACUCCAGCAGUUCCAGUGAUUCUAGUGACUCCAGUGACUCUAGUGACUCCAGCAGUUCCAGUGAUUCUAGUGACUCCAGUGACUCUAGUGACUCCAGCAGUUCCAGUGAUUCUAGUGACUCUAGUGACUCCAGUGAUUCUAGCACCUCCAGUGACUCCAGCAGUUCCAGUGAUUCUAGUGACUCCAACAGUUCCAGUGACUCUAGUGGCUCUAGCAGUUCCAGUGACUCUAGUGACUCCAGCAGUUCCAGUGACUCUAGUGACUCCAGCAGUUCCAGUGAUUCCAGUGACUCCAGCAGUUCCAGUGACUCUAGUGACUCCAGUAGUUCCAGUGAUUCCAGUGAUUCUAGCAGUUCCAGUGACUCUAGUGACUCCAGUGAUUCCAGUGACUCUAGCAGUUCUAGUGACUCCAGUGACUCCAGCAGCUCCAGUGACCCAAGUAAUACUUCUGAGUCUAGUGAUUCCAGUGACUCUAGUGAUUCUAGCAACUCUUCUGACUCCCGUGACUCCAGUGGGCAAAGUGAUUCCAGCAGCUCCACUGAUUCCACUGAUUCUGAUAGUUCCAAUGACAGCAGCACCUCCAGUGACUCUAGUGAUUCCAAUAAUUCUAGCACUUCCAAAUAA